AUGGACACCUCUCAAUCUCGCAAGCGUGCACGCCCCGUGGUUUCUUGCCUGCGGUGCAGGGAGAAAAAGCUCAAAUGCGACCGCGUCGAUCCAUGCGAGAACUGUAUCAAAGCAGGACAUCGUGCAGACUGUACGUACAAUCAACACCCGACAGAAUUGCCUUCGAAGCCAAAGCGCGUGCAGCUCAGUGUCGAUGCGCUUGGUAAUGAGUCGAAAGGAGUCGGCAUCGGCAUCAUCGAGGAUCUUCAACAACGCUUGACUCGAGUCGAGGGUUUGCUUGCGAGUCGGUCUGUCAAUGAACCGGCUGUAUCGAGUCCGAAUUCCUGGCCAAGCAAUACACCUAUACAGCCCUCAGGUUUGCAGUCAUCACUGGGGACUUUGGUAGUCAAGGGAUCAAGAUCUCGCUAUCAUGGUCAAAAUGAUAGAAUCACUCUGUUGAAUCAGUUCGAGGAAGCCAAAGGUUUUGUCAAUCAAUGCUCCAAAGACUCUUCCAUUGUGAAACUCGCCAAAGAAGUACAGUUCCUACAGAGCAAGACGCAAGCACCUUUGAGCUCUCCGCAAUCCAUAUCGGAGUUGGAGAGUUUUCCCGAGUUGCUCCAGCUUCUCCAGUCCCUUCCAUCGAAGUCAAUAUGUGACAGGCUUGUGGCUAUCUAUACCACCAACUUUGAGAAGACACUGCGGAUUCUACACAUUCCUUGCUUUCUUCGUCAAUAUGCUCAUUUCUGGACAAGUCCUGAGGAUGAGUCCUACCUAUCUUCGCCUUUUAUCCCUCAACUGACUGCAGUAUUGACUAUCUCGAUCAUUCUGGGGGAGGAAAGCAUCAAAAUGGAAAAUAGCACUUCUUGGGAAUACUUGAGAUUGAACGCAGUCUGUCUCUUACAAGCAUGGCUACAGAAACUCCCAAGGAAACACCGCACAGAGCUUACAACCCUCCAAAUUGAAACACUCAUGCUCCUAGCCCGCCAACUUCGUUCAACAUCCGCCGAAGAAUCAUGGAAAGCUGCCGGCUCACUUGUCCGCUCUGCAAUGGUAGUGGGACUACAUAUCGAUCCCUCUGGAUCUCCCAAAAUUUCGGUCUUUCAAGCUGAGAAUAGGCGGCGAUUGUGGAUCACCAUUGCCGAGAUGGACCUCCAAGCUUCAAUCACCUCUGGGAUGCCAAUCAUGACGCCCAAGGUCGAUUUUCAUACACUCAGCCCAGCAAAUCUAAAUGACGCUGACUUUGACGAGUCCACCACGGAGCUCCCUGCUCCUAGACCGUUGAAUGAAUCAACUGACACUCUUCCUCUGGUCACUCUCGCCAGGACCUUGUCGCACCGUAUCAACGCUAUGAACUUUAUACAGCAAACAAGAUCCGAAACCAAUCUAGAUGAACGACUCAAGCUAGGCAGAAUACUAGAAGAAUGCUUGCGAGACAUUCCAUACCCUUUGAAGAUCGACCAAACUUCGAAUAACGAUAUCAUGCCGCCCCUCCUCAUGAACCAAGUUCUUCUAGACUUAUACAUCCGUCGACCCCUUCUUUGUUUAUACAGACCAGUCAACACAGACAAAAGCCGUGCCCCCCAAGAAAUACAGCGAGCAUGCCUAGACUCAUCAUUGAUAAUCUUGUCCUACCAAGACUACUUCGACCCCAACCUAGCCGAGCUAGACACCCAAAACUCCCACGGAUAUUGGGAUAUUUUCCACACAUUCUGCAAGAACGAUGUGUUAUGGGCUGCUCUCAGUGUAUGCAAGUACGUGGGGCAAUAUACACAGCACACGCCAACUACGGACCAACAUUCCUCGAACGGUUUUCCUAAUCUCAACAUCAAACAAAACCAAUUACACAGCAAAGCCAGCCUAACAAGACUGGUGGAAAACACCCUCGAGAGCCUAUCUCGCCGCAUCGGCGAAGUAGGAAGUAACGUCAAAGAUAUUGUUCUCCUUGCAGUAGUCCUGCAAUCUGUGCGCGGCCGUGGCACACCCGAAAUGAAAGAUCGCUGGAUGGCACAGGGUGCAAAGAAAGCUCUUUCUGCUUGCCGGCAGUAUCUUUUACCUGCUGUUACAGAUCAGCAUUCUACUUUUGGUUACCAACAACCGCAGGACUCUACGGUUUCAUCCAGCAACAACCUUGCCUCGCAAUUUACAGCUUCUCCUCAUAUCCCUCAGCUGCCAGAUCUGCUACAGUCGUCCGCACUAGCUGCUGAUUUUGCUAAUUUCCAGGAAUUUCAAGAGGACUUGUUCUCAUUUGAUGAGAUAUUUACUUGGAAUUUUUGA